AGCCCCGGCGCCUAUAAAUCGCAUUCCCUCCCGCGCCCCCCUUUUUAGCAUAUUUGAUCACUUUGAUUCUCUGUUCUUUUCUCUCCGCGGUGUGUGUGCGUGCGCGCGUGUGUGUGUUUCCUCUCCACCUCCUCCUCUCCCCGAGUUGCCUCCUUUCUCCGGGUGCCGUGCUGGCUUUUUUUCCCUCUUUCAUUCUUUCUCUCCGUCUUUUUUCCUCCCCGCGCUGCGCACGAAGGAUGUGCUUCUAGGUGGUGAUCUGCCCUCCUCUCUCUCUUUUAUCCUUUCUCCCCCGCCGCCGGCGAGUUGACUCUUUCCCUAUGUGUGUGAGGCGGCGGCGGCAGCAGCAGCAGCGGCUCCGGCGGUGGCAGCAGCGGCAGCAGCGGCUUCAGCGGCGGCGGCGGCGCUAGACGCGGCGGCUCCGGGCCCGACCCCGCGGCUUCGGCGGCGGCUCCGGCGGCGGCGGCGGCCCGGGCGGCCCGCAGGGAUCGGCGAGCGGCCUCCAUCCGGCGCGAGCGGGCGGCGGCGGCCGGAGCGAGCCGGGCGCCCGGGGCAGGAGGCGGCGGCGGCGGCGGCCCAGCGCCAGGACGACGCCGCGCAGCGCCCGACGCGGACCACUUUCAUGCUGAUUCCCCCGGACCCGGGCAGCGCUCCGGCCACUCCGCGGGCCGCCGGCCUCCGCCCCGGCCUGCCCGGCCCUCUGGGCGCCCCUGCGACCGGCGCCUCCGCGCUCCUGAUCCUCCCGAUUUCGAUGGCUUUCCUGAAUGGCUGACUGUGGGCUGCCCUGGACUUGGCGCCCGGACAGUCGCCUCUCCUCCUUCUCUUCCUCCUCCUCUACCUCCUCCUCCAACUCCUAGGCACACCGGCUCUGAGCGCGAGAGAGGGAGGGAGAGAGAGCGAGCGAGAUCUUUGGAGAGAUUUUUUUUUUUUUUUUGCCUCCUACUUCUCUCUUGAAGCCAGACAAUCGACUUGCAGCUCUCCCUCCCCUCCCUCUCUCCACGUUCUGCUCCCACUCGCUCUCCCCGGCCCUUCCCCUCCCCUCCUGGAGGAAAGCCCCCCGAAAGCAACAAAGCUGAGCCGAGGGACACAAACAAACAAACACACCGGGCCAGACCAGCCAUCGCCAAAACUUUGCAAAAGCAGAAACAAAAAAGGAAAAACUAACCAACCUCAACCAACCAGCCCCCCGAGCCACCCGGGGCGCCCUCCCGCGCCCUCGCGCACACAAAAGGCGGCGCACCGGAGCCCGCGACCCGGGAGCCGCCGCCGCCCGCAGCCAGGGGAGCAGGAAGCCCGGACGCGGCCCCCAUAGAUAUGGCAAUGGUAGUCAGCACGUGGCGCGACCCCCAGGACGAGGUGCCCGGCUCGCAGGGCAGCCAGGCCUCGCAGGCGCCGCCCGUGCCCGGCCCGCCACCCGGCGCCCCGCACACGCCGCAGACGCCCGGCCAGGGGGGCCCGGCCAGCACCCCGGCCCAGACGGCGGGCGGCGGCCAGGGGGGCGCCGGCGACAAGCAGCAGCAGCAGCAGCACAUCGAGUGCGUGGUGUGCGGGGACAAGUCGAGCGGCAAGCACUACGGCCAGUUCACGUGCGAGGGCUGCAAGAGCUUCUUUAAGCGCAGCGUGCGGAGGAACCUGAGCUACACGUGCCGCGCCAACCGGAACUGUCCCAUCGACCAGCACCACCGCAACCAGUGCCAGUACUGUCGCCUCAAAAAGUGCCUCAAAGUGGGCAUGAGACGGGAAGCGGUCCAGAGGGGCAGGAUGCCGCCCACCCAGCCGACCCACGGGCAGUUCGCGCUGACCAACGGGGACCCCCUCAACUGCCACUCCUACCUGUCGGGAUAUAUCUCUCUGUUGCUGCGCGCCGAGCCCUACCCCACGUCGCGCUUCGGCAGCCAGUGCAUGCAGCCCAACAACAUCAUGGGCAUCGAGAACAUUUGCGAACUGGCCGCCCGGAUGCUCUUCAGCGCCGUCGAGUGGGCCCGGAACAUCCCCUUCUUCCCCGACCUGCAGAUCACCGACCAGGUGGCCCUGCUUCGCCUCACCUGGAGCGAGCUCUUCGUGCUCAACGCGGCCCAGUGCUCCAUGCCCCUCCACGUCGCCCCGCUCCUGGCCGCCGCCGGCCUCCACGCCUCGCCCAUGUCCGCCGACCGGGUGGUCGCCUUUAUGGACCACAUACGCAUCUUCCAGGAGCAGGUGGAGAAGCUCAAGGCCCUGCACGUGGACUCCGCCGAGUACAGCUGCCUCAAGGCCAUAGUCCUGUUCACCUCAGAUGCCUGUGGUCUGUCGGAUGUAGCUCACGUGGAGAGCUUGCAGGAAAAGUCCCAGUGCGCCUUGGAAGAGUAUGUCAGGAGCCAGUACCCCAACCAGCCAACGCGAUUCGGGAAGCUGUUGCUUCGCCUCCCUUCCCUGCGCACCGUCUCCUCCUCAGUCAUAGAGCAAUUGUUUUUCGUCCGUUUGGUAGGUAAAACCCCCAUCGAAACCCUCAUCAGGGAUAUGUUACUGUCCGGCAGCAGUUUUAACUGGCCGUAUAUGGCAAUUCAAUAAAAAAAAAAAAAAUCCAAGUCAGAAGGGAGAGAGAAGCAGAGAAAGCAAAGGCAAAAGACUGGUUUGUUUGCUUAAUUCCUUCUGUUAAGAAAGGAUAUAAAAGGAUGUUACACGUUUGCUAAAAAAAAAAAAAAGAA